AUGGCGGGCGGCCACAUCAGAUACCGCCAUCUAAGUCGGGCGUCAGCACAUCGUCAAGCGCUCCUGCGAAACCUUGUAACAUCUCUCAUCAAGCAUGAAUCGAUAGCGACCACAUGGCAAAAGGCCAAGGAAGCGCAACGGUUGGCGGAGAAGGUGAUCUCAUUGGGGAAGAAGAACACAGACGCGACAAGGCGAAGGGCACGCCAGAUACUCUAUGAACCGGAUGAAGUCGUGCCCAAGCUCUUUGGCCCAAUACGAGAGCGCUACCUAGACCGACCUGGUGGCUACACACGCGUCUCCCGCAUAGAGCCUCUGAAGGAAGACCAGGCGGAGUCGGCUAUUCUCGAACUUCUCGACGGACCCAAGGACCUGCACUUUGCCAUGACUGCAAAGACGCUCGCACGCUCCAAGCCUGGCAGACUGUCUCCUAAGCAGGCCGAGCACGUCAAGAAGGCGACGCAAUUCCGCAAAGAUGGCGUGGAAACGCUACAGGCCAUGAUUGAGCGAAUGCGCUUGGAGCACCGCGAGGGCUUGGAUGACAGAGUGCUGCCGCCGCCACACAAAGUCUACCCAGAGGAGCUGCCGAGGAAACAGAUGCACUUUUUGGAGGAGACAGAUGAUUACAAGCUACCCAACGGGCUACCAAAGAGGAGGCGUAAUCCGGCACUGGGCAAGGUGCCUGCACGGGAGGCGAAGGAGGCUAAUAUGGCGACCGAGGAAGCGACGACUGGGGAACCAGAUUUGAAGCCGUUGGAGUCAAGCCGAUGA